CUGGGGAACAACUAUUCUAAGAGGAGUUCAGUGGGAGACUUGAUACUGGGAGAGAAUGUGUUCAACAAAGCAACUAAUACAUUUGUGAGAAUCAGUGGACCAUUUGAAGAGAAAAAAAUAGUUGUCAUCAACACGGAAGAUCUAAAAUUCAACAUCUCUCAACAGCAACUAACAGAAUAUGUAGAAAACUGUGUGAGACUCUCUGAUCCUGGACCUCAUGUGUUCCUGCUGGUUCUACAGCCUGAAGACUUCACUGAGGAACACAAACAGAGACUCUGUAGAGUCCUGAAACUCUUCAGUGACCGAUCAUUUGAUCAUUCACUGGUACUGACAACAUCCAAUGAGGAGAACUUAGGUCUAAUGGAGAAAUCCAUUGAACAUCAGCCAUUAAAAGACAUGAUCAGAAAAUGUAGAUACAGACACUUGAAGCAGAAGAAUCUUGAACGCUCAGAGCUGUUGACUCGUUUGGGUCAAACUGCAAAGGAGAACAAUGGAGAACAUGUGACUUAUGAAGCAUUUCAGGACACAGCAUCUACUUUACCAGAUGAACAUCAAAGCCAAAAACCAAAGGAAGCACAGACUUCUAUCAUAGACGCUGUUUUAUCUCGUGGUCUGCGUGGAGUUCCACUGCAAGAAACCGGUCCAAACAUCUUACUGCCAGGGAAAGACCCUUGGACUAACACAUCUGCACUCAGGAUUGUGCUACUGGGAAAAAGUGAUGAAAAACAGACAAAACUUGGUAACCUCAUCAUCGGGAACCAAAUUUUUCAUUGUCAAAGAAUCAGGCAUCAAUCAUGUGUGGCGACCUGUAGAGAGUGGGGAGGGAAACCAUUAACAGUAGUGAAAACUCCAGACAUGUUCAGUCUGUCUGAGAAGGAUGUGAGAAGAGAGGUGCAGGACUGUGUGAGUCUUUGUCCUCCUGGACCAAAUGUUCUGCUGCUGUUAGUGAAGCCUUCUGACUUCACAGAGGAGAACAGCCAGAGAGUGAAGUUCAUCCUGAGUUUGUUUGGCGAAGAUGCUUUUAAGUUCUCAAUGGUCAUCCUGACGCAUGAGAGUGAAAUGAGUUCCACUGUUAAUGAACUAAUUCAAAACUGUGAAGGAAGAAACUACAGCUUGUCUGAAGAUAACCACAGAUCAUUAAUGGAGAGGAUUGAAGAAACAGCUAAUAAAAAAAUGACAGCAGCUCUAAACGUGGUUGUGUGUGGGAGGAGAGAAGCAGGGAAGACCUCAGCAGCCAAGGCCAUUUUAGGUCAGACAGAGCUUCAUUCAGUCUCCAGCUCAGAGUGUGUUAAACAUCAGGGAGAGGUGUGUGGACGUUGGGUUUCCCUGGUGGAGCUGCCUGCAUUGAAUGGAAAACCUCAGGAGGAAGUGAUGGAGGAAUCAUUCAGGUGUAUCUCCCUCUGUGAUCCUGAGGGCGUCCAUGCCUUCAUCCUGGUCCUUCCUGUGGGUCCCCUCACUGAUGAAGACAAGGGAGAGUUGGAGACCAUCCAGAACACUUUCAGCUCUCGAGUCAAUGACUUCACCAUGAUUCUGUUCACUGUGGAGUCAGAUCCUACAGCUCCAGCUGUUGAUAACUUUCUAAAGGAAAACAAGGACAUCCAGGAGCUCCGUCAGAGCUGUGGAGGAAGACAGUUUGUCCUCAACAUCGGGGACCAGCAGCAGAUCCCAGAGCUGUUGGCUGCUGCAGAAAAGAUGAGAGUUGAAGGAUCCAGAUGCUUCACGAAGGACAUGUUCACCAAGGCUCAGAUGAGGGAGGUUACAAGACUCAAAGCUGAACUGCAGGAUGUAAAACAGAAUGUAAUGGGAGGUGAUGAUAAAAGUCAGAGCGGAGAGUGUCUCAGGAUGGUGCUGAUUGGAAAGACCGGCAGUGGAAAGAGUGCGACUGGAAACACCAUUUUGGGCAAAAAGCAUUUUACUUCCACUCCCAGCUCAAAGUCUGUGACAAAGUUUUGCGAGAAAGCAACAGGAGAGAUUGAUGGGCGGCCUGUAUCUGUGGUUGACACUCCCGGCUUGUUUGACACGACUCUGUCCAAUGAUGACGUUCAACAGGAGCUGGUGAAAUGCAUCAGCAUGUUGUCUCCUGGACCUCAUGUGUUCCUACUGGUGCUGCAGAUCGGACGCUGUACAGAAGAGGAAAAAGCCUCUGUGGAACUGAUCAAGAAGUAUUUUGGCAAGAAUUCAGGAGAUUUCAUAAUCAUUAUAUUCACCAGAGGAGAUGAACUGGAGGAUCAGUCAUUUGAGAGUUACAUUGAAAACUGUGAUGACUUUUUACAAAAACUGAUACAUGAAUGUAAAGGAAGAUAUCAGGUCUUCAAUAAUAAGAAUAAGAAAGACCACACACAAGUCAAGGAACUGAUAAACAAGUCAAACAAGAUGCUGAAGGAAAAUGGUGGCAGCUGCUACACCUCAGAGAUGUUUCAAGAGGCUGAGGAAGCCAUACAGAAGGAGGUGGACAGGAUCCUGAAGGAGAAAGAAGAAGAAAUGCAGAAACAGAAGGAGGAGCUGCAAAGGAAACAUGAGGAGGAAAUGGAAGCAGUGAAGAGAAAAAUGGAACAACAAAGGUCAGAAAUUGAACAAGAAAGAGCCAGACAACUUAAAGAAAUGGAGAAUAACAUCAACAAGGAGCGUGAGGAGAGAAAGAAAGAACAGGAAAAGAGAAAAGAAGAAGAAAGAGAGAAGCAAAGGCAGGAAGAAAAGGAAACCAUUGAUAGAGAGUUGGAGCAGAGCAAAGAAGAGCUUAGAAAGCAACGAGAGGACUGGGAAAAGAAACAAAAAGAAUGGUGGGACAAACGAAAUCAAGAAGAUGAUCAGAAACGACAGGAGGAGAAAACAAGAAUAACAAAUCUACAAGAAGAAUACGAGCAGGAAAGAGACAAACAUGAAAAGAAAAGAAAAGAAGAAGAUCGAAUCAGAAGAGAACAGGAGGAGAAGGAGAGAAAAGAUCUGGAGGAAAACUAUAAGAAGAAACUGGAGGAGAUGAAGAAGAAAUAUGAAGAGGAGGCCAGAAAACAAGCUGAAGAGUUCAAUGAGUUCAGACAGAAAUACACCAAGGACUUUGCAACGUUGGUCGACAAGCACAUGGAAGAAAUGCAGGAAUUGACGCAAAAGCAUGUGAGACAAAUGCAAGAGACAAAAGAGAGUCAUGGCAAAGAGUAUAAUCUGUUAAAAGACCUGUCAAGCAGCGGUCAGUGA